UACGUGUACGCCACCAGCGUACCUGAGAAUGACGCUCUCGCGCACACUACGUACGCAUUCUACGUAGCGGUGGAGCAGGACGAACGAUACUGUUGAAACUGAAAGAGAAAGACGCUUCGUCUCCACGAGCUGCUGUUAAACACUAACCCGGGCUGAACUCUGUCAGGACGGACGACACAGACACAGUCUCCGCUGACUAAUUCACAGCAUUCGCUCGCUCGUUGACUCGGGCUAUUUCACAUACAGUUGCAGAUGACGACAGCAAUGCCUGAAAAGCAUGUCUCACAAAGAAGAUAAUGAAGGGAAAAGGUGCUCUCAUCCCACUGAGCUGUACACCAGCAUUUCCCGAACAUGUCUGCCCAUCGUGUACCACCCAGACUACAACAUCACCUUCAUGGGCCUUGAAAAGCUCCAUCCAUUUGAUGCAGGGAAGUGGGGGAAAGUCAUCCACUUCUUGAAAGAGGAGCAGUUCCUCACUGAUGGAAACAUUGUAGAAGCCCGGGAGGCCACAGAGGAGGAUCUGCUCGUUGUUCACACCAAACGCUACCUCAACAGAUUAAAGUGGUCCGUGGUGGUGGCGACGAUCACAGAAAUCCCGCCGCUCAUGUUUCUGCCUAAUUUCUUGGUACAGCGGAGGGUCUUGAGGCCUUUGCGGACACAGACGGGAGGGACAAUAAUGGCAGGAAAGCUGGCUGUGGAUCGAGGCUGGGCUAUAAAUGUGGGAGGAGGCUUCCACCACUGCUCCAGUGACAAGGGAGGUGGCUUUUGUGCCUACGCUGACAUUACCCUCGCCAUAAAGUUUUUGUUUGAGAGAGUGGAAGGCAUCUCCAGGGCUACCAUCAUUGAUCUGGAUGCUCAUCAGGGAAAUGGACAUGAACGAGACUUCAUUGAUGACAGGCGAGUGUUCAUCAUGGAUAUGUAUAAUCGCCACAUCUAUCCAGGGGAUUCAUAUGCCAAAAAAGCUAUAAAAAGAAAGGUAGAGCUGGACUGGGGCACCGAAGACUCCGAGUACCUUCAGAAAGUAGAGCUGCACUCAGAGGGAACUCUGAAUGAAGUCCGACCUGACAUCAUCGUCUAUAAUGCAGGGACGGACAUCUUAGAUGGGGACCCCCUUGGAGGACUCUCCAUAUCGCCACAGGGCAUUGUGAAAAGAGAUGAGAUAGUGUUCAGGGCAGCGAGGCGAAGAGGCAUCCCUGUACUGAUGGUAACAUCCGGUGGAUACCAGAAAAAAACAGCCCGCAUCAUCGCCGACUCCAUUCUCAACUUGCACCAGCAGGGCUUGAUUGGAGCAGAGGCUCUGCAGGGGGAGGGGUCUUCAUCACUGGUGACCAGUAUGAUGUGCCGCGCUGGACCUGCAGCAUCUAAUGCUGUCUAAUGCUCACAGGUGUGAUUUGAGUUGAUACUGAGAAGAACAGUGUGUGUUUGUACAUGUACAACCAAAAUGAUUCACUCACAUUGUUAAAUGUUUACAUUUUUAAUGCAUAAGAUGGUAGCUACUGAAAAGGGACUAACUAUUUAAGGUGGGAAACGUGACUAAAUCAAUAGCGCUGCAGAUUUAUGACGACAGCAGAAUUACUUCAGCUCUCACAUGGCCCAAAAAGAAACUUUACAUUUGAAUCAGUUGGAGGAUGGUGGGUUUAUGUUUAAUGUAUGUUCAGGUGUUGCCGGUAAGAGAGGCAUUCUUUCAUCUCAGGAAAUGUAGUAAUGUCAUUUAUGAAGGAUAUGAUUUAUUAAUAGUCUAUGAAAUGGUACAAAGGCAGACACAGGGAAAGUCUAUUAAUUAUCCUCCAUCUGAGCGGUUAUGGAGGUUAAAUAUAUAUGAAUUAGCACAGAGAAAAACAACACUACCAAAAUGUGUGAAAUUUAUUAGUGUUUAGUUUAGUUACUUCUCUUAUAAUUCUGUGUUUUUCUGCAGAUUAUAUGUAAUAUGAAAUAAAUAGCUGUUGGUGUUUAUGCUAAUGCAAAUCUUUAUCAAUGACUGUUGGUUUUUAGGGCGAGUGAGAGGGCAAACAGGGAGAAAGCGAGUGGUAUGACAUGUACAUGUAUGCACUGGACCUUAUCCAUUCUUUUCUCUAUUUAUUUUGAUAUUAAAUUGUUGGCUUGAUUAUCUUAUGCCAGUAAUGACACUGAUUGUUUGACAUUGAUUCCACAGGGCAAGAAAAGUAAGUGGCCUCAAACAGUACUCAGUGGCUGCAGUAGUGGUCUUAAAUCCCGCUCCCUCAACGUAAGUGGAUGGGACAUGGGCCAAACUAAAAAGUCAAUACUAAGGUAGUUCCUAUCAUUGAUGUGUGUCACAGGGGUCCUUUUUUCUGAUAUGUUUGUUUGUAGAUAGCUGAUGCUAUAAAAGAAAGGUGAGACUUAAUCAGUGACAGCUGAGACGUUGAAAUAGAUAGAUGGCAGCACCUAGAGUAUAUUCGGGGUUGCCUGGCUCUAUUGGUUUUCAGUGGAAGUCUGUGGUAUGGAUGUAGGUGUAUUUUUCUGACAAGGAAUAAAAGCACAGGAAAACCAAUAACAUAAAGCUGUUGACCAAAUGAGAGGACAUGUUCAAAAAGUGUGGCCAUGGUGUGGUUUUAAUUCUAAAACUAAAUCCUUGUUGGAUCAGAUAUGUUUGUUCUGUCUUAAAAUUGAGUGGACCUGAAGUGGCAGGUGCUGCUGUAAUGAUUUUCUCAUUCAUUAUCUUCUGCUGCCUAGUAUGGAGUGUAGCAGAGCACAGACCUCUGAUCAUUUUAAUGUUUAUAACCCGUAUCUUUAAACAGGGUGAAGAGCAGUGCUUACAGUUUGGACAUUUAUACAAUGAACGUGUGAGAGGCAGGCAGCUCUAUUAACAAUGUCAGGGCUAAUUAGGAGGAGCCUUUGAUCUGGUGUGCUGCUUUUGAACGUGGAUGAUGUGUUUAGCGAAGUCUACCUUUAAUUAAGACUCAGAGUACAACACUGACACUCUGUGUCAGCUAUCGUUUGAACCAUUUGAGCGAAUCUAAUGACGCCGUGCCAAAAUAAUACUAAUGUCCUAAAAGCUGUUGAUUUGUGGUUUGUGCUUACAUUGAAACCAAUGUUUAUGCAUUCAUAGUGACAGUGAAUAAACUAAUAACAAAAUGA